GCGAGAAUGCGAACGAGAAUGCGCAGUGCUGCGCGUCGCCUCUUCAUAACAGUGUGUGGAUACUUUGAUGUAGGCUACUAUCAUCAACAUCAGCAUCAAAGGCUUUUAUCAUCGCAGAAGGGUGACAGUGAAAGACAUUGAAAUAAACUAGGGGUUUUUUAACGUUACUGGAAGUGGACCAUCGCAGCGUCAUUAUGCAUAUGAACAGUUUACUAAACCGGUGGAAUGAGAUUUCAAACGUAUGUGAGGUGGAUACUCCAGAACCGGUCAGCCCCACGCUGCUCAGCGAGUCCACAGAUACGUACUGCCAGACGGAGUGUUGGUACAGACUUCGUACCACCGUCCGCAAGCUGGAAUUCUGGGAAGACUUCAGCGCAGAACUCAUCGGAACCGGAUUCUUCUCUAGAGUCUACAAGGUGAUGCACAGCACUACGAAAAAGGCCAUGGUUGUAAAGAUCUAUAAAAAUGAUGUGGAUCAGGACAGCAUUGUAAAGGAGAUCAGCCUCCUUCAGAAGCUCUCCCAUCCCAACAUUGUGAGGUAUCUGGGAAUCUGCGUAAAGGAGAACAAGCUGUACCCCAUUCUUGAGUAUGUUAGCGGAGGCUGUCUGGAGGAGCUGCUGGCCAGGGCUGACGUCAAUCUCUGCUGGAGAGAGAAAAUCGAGCUGGCCUGUGAUAUUAGCCGAGGAAUGACCUAUCUCCACUACAAGAACAUCUACCACAGAGACCUCAACUCCAAGAACUGCUUAAUCCGCGUGACCUCGCGAGGCAGAGAGGCGGUGGUUACUGAUUUCGGCUUGGCCAGAGAGGUGGGGGAGCUGCCCGCGAAUGACCCCGACAGGAAGAUGUCUCUGGUGGGGUCGGCGUUCUGGAUGGCCCCUGAAAUGCUCAGAGGAGAACCGUACAACCGCAAGGUCGAUGUCUUCUCUUUUGGGAUCAUGCUGUGUGAGAUCUUGGCAAGAAUCCCUGCCGACCCAGAAGUGCUGCCCAGAACCCAGGACUAUGGGCUGAACAUGGAGUCGUUCAGAGAGUUGGUGCAGGGCUGCCCAGAGCAGGUUCUGGAAAUUUCUGCCAGAUGUUGCCAGAUGGAUGCCUUCAGAAGACCUUCAUUCUCAGAAAUUCUAGAUGAGCUUGAGGACAUUGCUGAGACCCUAGAGCCUACAAACAACAUCCUGACCACAGGUUGAUCCUUAUCAACAAAGUCAUGGCGGACUAAAAGUAUUAAUGGACUUGGCUGCAUGGGAGUCUGCAGUGAUGGACCAUGACUAGUACUUUUUUCCUCUGUGAAGGGAACGUAAUGGAGGACAAAACCACUCAACUGAACGGCCACUCAAUUUUCAGUUCUGCACACCCCUUCUACAGUGUGUGACACUGAAUGAUGGAGCGAGGGCAAGCGAGAGGUUAAAUGUUUCUCUUUAUUUGUUUUUUCCUGUUGUGUCGAAAUAAGUAAUUCUUUGGGGACCAACUCGAAAGACCAAAUAUUCUCUGGACCAAACCUUGAUUCCUGCUAAAUUGAAAGCUUAAGCAGAGGUUGCACAGAUCUGGAAAAAACUAAACCAUGGAAAUUCAAGUGUGCUGGAUUUAUUUUGCAUCUUGCAUUUUUUAUAUGCUAUCUUACGUACAUGUAAAAGUAAUUGGCCUUGACAUUUACUAUUAAUUGCCCAUUUUUACCUUGUUAGUCUGUCUGUAACUGUUAACAUACAUCAGAUUGGUGGAAUUAAUUCAACACUGUCAAUUAAAAGGUUUGCACAUAUUACAUAAAGCUUAGCAAACACGUUAAAAACAUUAUUUAAAUGAAUGUGUUUUAAGCUUUGAGCAAUUUUCUCAGGUCAUACAGACUGGUUUCUUAGUUUUUCUACGUUGCUUUGGAGCAUUUCUCAAAUCUUAUAAAAUGUAAGCGAAUUUGUGAAAAAAAAAAUCAACCAAAUGGAAUAAAAAAAAUUCUUGAAUUAAGUGUUUAUGAAAAAAGUUAACUUAUUUCAAGAAAAAAUUUUUUUAGCUUGUUUAAGCACUAAUUUUCUUUGUUUAUAUUUUUUGUCUAAAAACUACUUAUUUUCUUAGGUCAUUUUGCUUAUCUAGAAAAUACAUUUAAGAAGUUUUAGAUAUUUUUACUGAAAAAAAGACUAAAAUAUUAAGAAAGUAAUUUUUUUGCACUAAAAAGCCUGUAAAAUCCUGUAAAAUGUUCAAAAUCCUUAGGGCGCACUCACAUUAUCCAAACCAAACCAUGCCCCAGCGCGAUUGUCACCCCUCCCUACUCCCCCAGAUUACAGACAGCCCUCUCACAUGUCAUCAUAUUGCUUAGUUGAUCUGUCACGUGUGCAGCUCGGACAUUCACGUAACCCCGCUGCAUCAAAAGGUUUUUACGGAGGCAGAUGAACGUGAGUGGUCGCGCAACUGACGUCUUCACCUUUUGAAUCACGCUCAGGCGCGAUUGCGAUCACACCACAGCCUUCCGCGCCUGAGCCCAAGUGAACCGCGCUCCGGCCCACCUCUGCAACCCGGCCGCGGCGCGAUUAAACAAUCCGCGCCCGGGCACGGAACAGAGCGAUCACACUAGUCAAACAAACCAGGCUUUGGGGUUCAAACGUGCCCGAGCGCGGUUUGGUUUGGAUAGUGUGAGUGCGCCCUUAGCUUAUCUCUCAAUUUUUACAUCAGUGAACAUGUCAGUUCCAUCAAAAUGUGAACACAAUUACACUGCAAAAAUGACUUUCUUAGUAUUUUUGUCUUGUUUUCAGUAAAAAUGUCUAAAAAAAAAACUCUUAAAUUAAGAUGUAUUUUCAUGAUGAACAAAAUGACCUAGAAAAAUAAAUAUAGUUUUUAGACUAAAAAUAUGAACUUUUAAGUAAAUGUUUGCUUAAAACAACCAAAUAAAAAAUCUGCCAAUGGAAUAAGAAAAAAUUUCUUGAAAUAAAUUUACUUUUUUCUUAAACACUUAAUACAAUAAUUGUUUUCUUAUUCCAUUGGCAGAUUUUUGCUUGUUUUAAGCACUAAUUUACUUAAAGUUUACAUUUUUUUGUCUAAAAACUAGACUUAUUUUCCUAGGUAAUUUUGUUCAUCAAGAUAAAAAUACUAAGUAAAAAAAGUCAUUUUUUGCAGUGUAUGUGUGUCAGUAUUUUGUGUUGUAAACUGUGAACGAAUUCACAUUUUCACCUUUUGUCUGUAAACAAAUUACACACAUUGUUAUUUUGAAAAAAAUACAAAAAUAAUUGGAAUGUUCACUGUAAACUGUACGAAAUGUCACAUUUCUGUUACUCAAAAUUUCAAGAUUCACUUGACAUUCAUUUUUCAAUUCAGUUCACAUUUACAAAGGACAAAAAAAACAUAGAAAACAUGCUUAAUUCCUAAAUGUUUUCAGGUGUAAGACUAUUUAACACAAAACAGUAUAAUGUAUUUUGUUGUAAAAUGCAGCUGAAAAUGUAGUAAACAGCAGUCUGAUUGUAUCAAGCAUUUGCAAUUUGUCCAAAACAAUGAGAAUGUGCUUUUAUGUUGUACAAAACUGAUUAACUCAUUCCCCUCCAGACAUUUUUUGAAAAGUUGCCUGCCAGCAUUUUUUGUGAUUCUCACAAAAGUUUCACAAAAUGCCUUCCAGAAAAAUUUUCUCCUAAAAAUAUAUAAACAUACAAAUAUAUCAAAUGAAAGAACAGACCCUCUGCUUUUAAACAAACAAAAAAAAAAUGGGGGAAAAAAACGUUUCAUCCUUUUUCUGCUUAUAAACUCUUAAAUAUGAGUAUUUUUCUUUGAAAAAAUUAAAAAAAUAGCAAAAAGCUGAAAAUUGGAAUUUUGUUAGAGAUCAGAAUAAGAAUGAUUAUCAAAACAUACAAGAGUUUAAAAUUAGGAAAUUUUUGCUUCUGUUUUUUAUACAUUGGCCGUCUAGUGGAUAAUCGCAGCAUUACAGAUAAACAUAAAACCUCAUCAGGGACACUUUUUUAUGCAAAUGUUUUCUCUUAAUAGACAAGGUAACUUGUCAACGGCGGGGAAAGAGUUAAUGAUUUGGAGGUUGAACAAAGUGUUCUGAAAACUUAUAAUUUCUGAUCUGAGAAAUUCUCCAAAGCAACUGAUGAAAAACUGUAAACAUGAGGAGCUCACAUGCAAAAGCCCCUAAACGCCACCUCCGUCAAAAAUGAGAUAAUGACAAUAACCGAACGCUUUUGCACAUAUUAUACAUUCAUCAAAAAAUGUCCCUUUAAAUUUGCUAAAUUCCGGCCUCAGGCCAUUCAGAAAUAUAGUUUUAUUUUGCAGAAUCCGAUAUAAAAAUGCUUAUUUACAAGAAAACAUGUCAGACGCACAUAGAGGGUUUUGCAUUUGAGAUCUUUAUAUGUAAAUAUAUUUUCUUGUAAUUUAAUGGAUGAUAUACGUUGUACAUUUGUACAGUAAUAGGAAUUCUAGAUGAUGCUGAGGUAGUUUACCAGAAUCUAUUUUGUUUACUGAAUUCAAAUCAGUUUGUAUUUCUUACUCUAUUUGUGUACUGUACAUGGUGUUUGGUUAAAUAUGGGCACAUUUAUAUUUCUAGUUUAUUAGUUAAAACAAUAAAGUUGUAUUUGAUUACUUU